AUGUCUAGCGGACAGAACCAGGAUCUCAUCUUGUUCAAAGAUAAUUCCCUAGUACUGGAACAAAUUUUGAACUCCAAAGCUUCCUUGUUAUCUCUUAUCACUCAUGUUCAAGGCACAUCUCCAGCAUGGCUAACCAACUCAUUGAUAGAAAACGCAUUGUGUGGAACUGCUGCUUUAGUGAACAAUGACUUGACCAAAAAAGUAGACAAUCGUGCUGAGGUCAUUCUUAUAUCAUUUCUCCACUCAAAGGACCAUUACAUAAAGAAUUGCCGCAAAAACGGCUUGGAUCUUGCUACAAAUCCUUCAUUCACAUUCGUAGAUUGCUUUACCAAGUUAUUCACCGAAACCAUCAAGACACCAGAAAAGGCUUCAUCUGAAGUAGCAAACUUGUUUGGAAACAUAAUAUCUACUAUUUCAAAAAUAGAAAACUCAAGAAAGGUCGUUUUUGUAGAAGCUCCAGAAAUUCUUCUUCAAGCCACUUCUGUAUCCAGUGACGAGCUCUUGGCUCUAUUGCUCAAGGUUAACAGACUAUCUCGUCAGUUGUUUGUGAUAUCAUCACGAGAUUACAAUACAGUAUUCAAUUUAGACUCUUCUGUUUCGCAAGAUCCAGUAUUUAAGUGUACAGACUUUUUGGUAAAACUUCACCAUCGUUCACAGUACAACAUUAGCCUACAACCGUUACUGACUGGCAGAGCUAAUGACAUCACGGGCAGUCUAGCCGUCUCCACGGGAGCUAUACCAGUAGACUCGCUUAUACCCAACCUCUACGUCAACGAGAAGGAGUACAUCUUCAACAUCACUAAGGACUCUAACGUUAGGUUGUUUCUUAGAUAG